AUGGCAGAGAAAAGCAAGAUUCUGAUAAUUGGAGCAACUGGUUACAUCGGAAAAUUCAUUGUGGAGGCAAGUUCAAAACAUGGACAUCCAACCUUUGUUUUGGUUAGAGAAACCACAGCUUCAGAUCCUAAAAAAUCAGAAAUCAUACAGAAUUUCAAGAACUUGGGUGUUUCAUUUGUAUAUGGGGAUAUCUAUAAUCACGAAAGCUUAGUCAACGCGAUCAAACAAGUCGAUGUGGUGAUAUCUGCUGUUGGAGCAACUGCAAUUGCUGAUCAGGUCAAGAUUAUUGCAGCCAUCAAAGAAGUUGGUACUAUCAAGAGAUUUCUGCCUUCGGAAUUUGGAGGUGAUGUGGAUAGCAUGAAGGCAGUCGAGCCAGCAGCAAGCCUGUUUAGAGAGAAAGUUAAACUCCGGAGGAUCAUCGAAUCAGAAGGAAUCCCAUAUACUUAUGUAGUUUCUAAUGGCUUUGCUGGCUACUUCUUGCCUACGAUAGGACAGUUAGAUGCCACAGCUCCUCCUAGAGAAAAAGUUGUCAUCUUAGGGGAUGGGAAUCGUAAAGCAAUUUUUGUCAAGGAAGAAGAUAUAGCGUCGUACACUAUCCGAGCUGUUGAUGAUCCAAGGACCUUGAAUAAGAUCCUUCACAUUGUCCCUCCUGCUAAUGUAGUGUCCUUCAACGAGCUCGUUUCACUGUGGGAAAGUAAGAUUGGAAAGACCCUUGAGAAAACGUAUAUACUGGAGGAACAACUUCUCAAGAACAUCCAUGAUUCUCCAAUGCCAUUUAAAAUACUCCUGGCCAUUUGCCAUGCUAUCUUUGUGAAUGGAUUGACUUUGAGCAUUGACACAUCUACUGGGGUCGAAGCUUCUGAAAUCUAUCCAGAGGUGAAAUACACUACUGUGGAUGAAUAUCUGAACCACUUCAUUUAA